AUGGAUCUGUUAAUUGUCGUGUCACAUUCGGAAUUGCUAAAGCCUUGUUCUCCUAACACCAAAUCAAAAAAUCUAAUGGGAUUCGGAAGUUAUCUCCGCCAAAAUCAAGUAUUGUUUAUGCUUAUGUCGGUGGGCACUGCGACUAUUUCAACUUCGGCGGGCCGUCGGAUUCACGCAGCAGCUUUCAUCCCCUCCAAAAAAAUCGGAGAAUUGCCGUUCACAAUGAACGCGACACUUCUUCAAGUAAUAAAAUAUUGUGGUGAAAAACUGGAGGCAUAUCAACGUUGUGUGGAAAACCAUCCGAGCUAUUGGCAAUCCGCAUGUCUCGAACAAAAACGUGAACUCACCAAAUGUUCAGAAGAGAACGUUCCGGAAAUAAAGAUGGUCAAAGAAAGAUGUAAUAAUGCCAUAAUCGCAUUUGACGAGUGUCUAGCAAGAAAUGAAUCGGAUCCCGAAGUUUGCAGAGAUAAACUAAAGGCGUUGUACGAGUGUACUGAGGCUAAUGCUGGUUUGUCCGUUGGCAAUAACGUUGGCGGCAGUGGCAAAAAAGAUAAUUCAAUACAAUAG